UGUUGAGCCCCUCCUGAAGGGAUUCUGCGAAAACGGGACCGAGAAGACAUCGCCACCCUGACUUACUCCUCCAACUAAACCUUUUAUAGCUGUAGAGUACUUUUUUCCCCCAGAGCUUGCAUUGCAAUCCCUGUAUAUUUUUUUGGAAUUUGUAUGCUUCGGCAUAUGAUGACUUAAUGUUUUAUUCCUCAGAGUCUGGUGUUUUACAGUUUAUAUUUCAUCGUUUGUGAAGGAAAGAAACAAGACAUUCCCCCAGCCGAUGAGCAGAAAACUAAUCUGUUUUAUUACAAUUUCUUGGAAAUUUGUGAUUCCUUUCACAUACAUUAGAAGCAGAGUUAUUAAGAAUAGGAAAGUUCGGGUCUACUAUACGAUGGAGCAUGGCAAAAUGGAUUAUUUCUGUGAACAAAUACAACAAAAAGAUGUGGGCCGCAGGUUGCAAGUUGGCCAGGAAUUUCUGGAAUAUUUGAAUAAUCCCAGCAUUUCUACUGAUCUUGAGCAGGAUCAGCAGCGCCUUGAUACAGUGAUCAAUGAAUUAACAGGAUGGGUUAACUCUAGUAAUUAUAAGGUUUCAUUACUUGGAUUAGAACUCCUAAGUGCCUUUAGUGAAAGACUAUUAGGACGUUUCAAAACCUAUGUAGGAACUGUUCUCAUAGUAUUGAUGGAUCGAAUGGGAGAUGCCAAAGACCAGGUUCGAGAAGAGGCACUGAAUCUUAUUUUGAAGUUAAUGGACCACGUAGCUCCACCAAUGUUCAUUUGGGAGCGGCUUGCUGCUGGCUUUAAACACAAGAACUAUCGUUCACGAGAAGGCGUGUGUCUGUGUCUUGUUGCAACAUUAAAUGCUUAUGGUGCACACUCACUAAUUCUCAGCAAACUGGUGCCACACUUAUGUCUUUUGUCUGGAGACUCCAAUAGCCAGGUGAGAGACGCUGCAAUUUUGGCACUUGUGGAGAUUUAUAGACAUGUAGGAGAAAAAGUAAGAGUAGAUCUUAACAAGAGAGGAAUUCCUGCUGCAAGAUUACAAACAAUAUUUAUGAAAUUUGAUGAAGUAAAAAAUAGCGACACUAUGAUUUCAAGCAAUAUCAGUGAUAAAAGCUUUGAUGAUGAAGAAUCAGUGGAUGGAAAUAGGCCAUCUGCAACUGCCUCAGGUUUCAAGGUUCCUGCACCUAAAAAACCUGGAAAUCCUUCAAAUACAACAAGAAAGCCAGGAUCUGCUGGUGGGCCUAAGGUUGUAGGCACUACUAAAGAAGGAGGAGCUGGUGCUGUUGAUGAAGAUGAUUUCAUAAAGGCAUUUACAGAUGUUCCUACUGUACAGAUUUAUUCUAGUCGUGAACUUGAAGAAACGCUAAAUAAAAUCAGGGAAAUCUUGUCAGAUGAUAAACAUGAUUGGGAUCAGCGCACUAUUGCGCUUAAGAAGGUCCGGUCAUUACUUGUUGCUGGAGCUGCGCAAUAUGAUGGCUUUUUCCAGCAUUUACGAUUGUUGGAUGGAGCAUUUAAAUUAUCUGCUAAAGAUCUCAGAUCACAGGUGGUUAGAGAAGCAUGCAUCACAGUAGCCCAUCUUUCAACAGUUCUGGGAAACAAAUUUGACCAUGGAGCAGAAGCCAUUGUGCCUACUCUAUUCAAUCUGGUCCCUAAUAGCGCCAAAGUAAUGGCUACUUCUGGAUGUGCAGCCAUUAGAUUUAUUAUCCGUCAUACACAUGUGCCAAGACUCAUACCUUUAAUAACCAGCAACUGUACUUCAAAAUCUGUGGCAGUAAGGAGGCGCUCUUUUGAAUUUCUAGACCUAUUGUUGCAAGAAUGGCAAACCCAUUCUUUGGAAAGGCAUGCAGCUGUUCUGGUUGAAACUAUCAAAAAGGGCAUUCAUGAUGCUGAUGCUGAGGCAAGAGUGGAGGCACGAAAGACUUAUCUGGGCCUAAGAAAUCAUUUUCCUGGUGAGGCAGAAGUUCUAUAUAAUAAUCUUGAACCAUCCUAUCAAAGAAGUCUCCAGACUUACUUAAAGAAUUCUGGUAGCAUUGCAUCACUUCCACAGUCAGAUAGGUCAUCUUCCAGCUCACAAGAAAGUCUAAAUCGUCCCUUCUCUUCAAAAUGGUCCACCUCCAGUUCUGCAAAUAUGGCUAACAGAGUUUCAAGUGGCAGCAAAGCUGCUCCGACCCUAGGAACACUGCAGAGGUCUCGCAGUGACAUUGAUGUUAAUGCUGCCGCUGGGGCAAAGGCACGUCAUGCUAUUGGUCAGCCAUCAGGAACUGGUCGUUUAGCAACUGCUGGUCUAUCUCCAGGAUCAUAUGCUUCACUAGGACGUGUGCGAACCAAAUUUUCAACACCCUCUAUUGGAAUGGGAAAUUCAAAAGCAGAUUCCAGAGGCCGGAGUCGAACAAAAGUUGUAUCUCAGUCUCAACCUGGAAGCCGUUCUGGUUCUCCUGGAAGAGUUUUGACUACGACUACACUUUCAACUAUGAAUACAGGUGUUCAGAGAGUACUCGUUAACCCUGCAACAGCACAAAAAAGGAGCAAGAUUCCUCGAAGCCAAGGAUGCAGCAGAGAAGCCAGUCCUUCAAGAUUGUCUGUUGCUCGAGGUAGUCGUAUUCCUCGGCCUAGUGUGAGUCAGGGGUGCAGUCGAGAAGCCAGUCGUGAAAGCAGCAGGGAUACAAGCCCUGUCCGCUCUUUUGCACCCCUUGCUUCCAGGCAUCACUCCAGAUCUACUGGUGCUCUCUACUCUCCAGAUGUUUAUGGGGCUACAGGUUUUGGAAUUAGUCAAUCAAGCCGAUUAUCUUCAUCAGUUAGUGCCAUGCGUGUCUUAAACACAGGCUCAGAUGUUGAAGAAGCAGUAGCAGAUGCCUUGAAAAAGCCAGUUCGAAGGAGGUAUGAAUCUUAUGGAAUGUACUCUGAUGAUGAUGCUAACAGUGAUGCUUCUAGUGCCUGCUCAGAAAGAUCCUAUAGCUCACGGAAUGGCACGAUACCCACCUAUAUGCGACAAACAGAAGAUGUUGCUGAAGUCCUUAACCGCUGUGCAAGCUCCAACUGGUCAGAGAGAAAAGAAGGUCUUCUUGGUCUACAAAAUUUAUUAAAAAACCAGAGGACAUUAAGUCGUGUUGAAUUAAAAAGAUUGUGUGAAAUCUUCACGAGGAUGUUUGCUGAUCCUCAUAGCAAGGUGUUCAGCAUGUUUUUGGAAACAUUAGUAGAUUUUAUCCAAGUUCAUAAAGAAGAUCUACAAGAUUGGCUAUUUGUGCUUCUGACCCAACUUCUGAAAAAAAUGGGUGCUGAUUUGUUGGGAUCUGUGCAAGCCAAAGUUCAGAAGGCUUUAGAUGUGACAAGGGAAUCGUUUCCAAAUGAUCUUCAAUUCAGUAUUUUAAUGCGGUUUACUGUUGAUCAGACCCAAACACCAAGUCUGAAGGUAAAAGUUGCAAUCCUUAAAUACAUAGAGACCCUUGCACAACAGAUGGACCCAGGAGAUUUUGUAAAUUCAAGUGAAACUCGUCUGGCUGUGUCUCGAAUUAUUACUUGGACAACAGAACCCAAAAGUUCAGAUGUUAGGAAGGCUGCGCAAUCAGUGCUGAUUUCUCUUUUUGAACUCAAUACCCCUGAAUUUACAAUGUUGUUGGGUGCUUUACCAAAAACAUUUCAAGAUGGUGCCACAAAGUUACUUCACAGUCACCUCCGGAAUACAGGCAAUGGGGGACAGGGGCCCAUGGGAAGCCCAUUAACAAGGCCUGUUCCACGCUCACCAGCUAGUUGGUCCAGCCCCAUCACUUCACCAACCAAUACAUCCCAGAACACAUUAUCACCAAGUGCAUUUGAUUAUGAUUCUGAAAAUAUGAAUUCAGAAGAUAUAUAUAGUUCUCUCCGUGGAGUGACUGAAGCAAUUCAGAAUUUUAGCUUCCGCAGUCAGGAAGAUAUGAAUGAACCUAUGAAACGGGAUUCAAAAAAAGAAGAUGGUGAUUCAAUUUGCAGUGGGACUGGAAUAGGAGAUCUACGAACAGGAACUGGUGUGACUGAUACAGGCCGAACAGCUCUUGACAACAAAACUUCAUUACUUAACACUAUGCCUCCUCAUUCCUCCCCACGGUCACGUGACUAUAAUCCAUACAAUUAUUCUGAUAGUGUUGGUUCUUUUAAUAAAUCAGCUUUAAAAGAGGCUAUGUUUGAUGAUGAUGCAGAUCAGUUUCCUGAUGAACCUUCCCUGGACCAUUCUGAUCUAGUUGCAGAAUUGCUAAAGGAGUUAUCAAACCAUAAUGAGAGAGCUGAAGAACGGAAAGCUGCUCUUUAUGAGCUAAUGAAAUUGACUCAGGAGGAGUCUUUUGGUGUUUGGGAUGAGCAUUUCAAAACAAUUCUUCUUUUGUUACUUGAAACUCUUGGAGACAAAGAGCAUUCAAUUAGAGCCCUGGCACUGAAAGUCUUAAGAGAAAUUUUAAGACAUCAACCAGCAAGGUUUAGAAAUUAUGCAGAACUCACAAUAAUGAAGACUUUAGAAGCUCAUAAGGACCCUCAUAAGGAGGUGGUAAGAUCAGCUGAAGAGGCUGCUACUAUGUUGGCCACAUCCAUUAGUCCAGAUCAAUGCAUUAAAGUACUUUGUCCCAUCAUUCAAACAGCAGAUUAUCCUAUAAAUCUGGCUGCAAUCAAAAUGCAGACCAAAGUUAUUGAAAGAGUACCUAAAGAAAUUCUUGCUCAGCUUUUGCCAGAGAUAGUGCCAGGUUUAAUACAGGGCUAUGAUAACUCUGAAAGCAGCGUUCGAAAGGCAUGUGUUUUCUGCCUUGUAGCUAUUCAUGCAGUAAUUGGUGAUGAGCUGAAGCCACAUCUUAGUCAACUCACAGGUAGCAAAAUGAAAUUGUUGAAUCUUUAUAUCAAGCGUGCACAAACAGGAUCUGGAACAGGUGAUGCCUCAGCAGAUGUUCCAGGACAAAGCUAGUAAUCCUGAAACCCAUCUUUUAACUAGGAGGAAAGGCACAUCAAUAAAAGGAAAAUUCUCAAAUGCAUUUUUUGGAGUUCUUCUCCCUCUCAAUCUUUUCCCCCCCUAAUGAAGGGCUGCUCUCAGCCUGCAUGUGACUGUUCCAGUAAUUCCAUAUCCAAGGAAAAGACAGUAUUAAUAUCACUUGACUGAAGCAACAUAUUUUUUUAACUAACCCAUCAUGUUUUCUGUUUGCACUCCUCUGUGUGUCUUUCCAUUGAUUUUUAUCAGUGUUAAUGUACAUUUUUAUUUUUCAAAAAAACUAAUUAAACAGGAAUGCCUUUAAGCUUUAAGUAUGGUCUAAAUUUCCUCAUUUUUACUAAACUGAAAAAUAACA